GGAAAACUUCAGCACUUUUGAGGGUCCGGAAUAUCACGCUCGGUGUAGCUGACCGUUCUGCCCCUUUCGGCCACUGCAAAGGGCGUUUCCACUCGUGACACCGUCUCGGGACGCCCCUGUUUCCAAACGCCGUCCUGUGUUGCUCUCUGCGUUGAGCGCUCUGGCAUCGUAAUCGUAGCAUGGAGACCCUCCCCCAGGAGAAGCCCGAAGAGAUCGAUAUCGAUGACGUUGAGGAGUUAUCAAAGGUAAGAAAAUGCCGGUUCCACUGUGCGUGAGGACCAUCAUAUGCGCAUCUCACGCCAUGCCCCAUGCCAUCCAGGACUGUGCCCGUUUGCACUGUGUUGUGGCUGUGUGUGUGCAUGCAACGCAAUGCAGGACGAGUUUCUGUGGCGGUCGUUUGAGAGUUACGUGACGGUCAAGGAGUUGUCGCUGCGCGGCACUCUCGAGGACAACAAGGAGCAGGAACAGCCCAUGGAUAAGACGGUGAGUGAGAAGGGCAGAGGGACGGGUGAGUGAAAGGCAGGCACUCGGAGGCCGUUGUGGGUCGUGUGUAUGUGUGGUGCAGGCUGACCGUCGUCGGUAUGAGAUUCAGGACCGCAUUGAGCUGACGGGACCGGUGGGCACAGGACGUCUGUGUGUAUGGUGGAUGGAUGGAUGGCUGAAGGCACGUGCUCUUCAUGUGUGUGUGUGUGCGCAGAUGCCCACGGCCUCGCUGUAUCAGAUGUGCAAGAACAGGGAUACCAAGUGAGUCUGUAACAGCACUUGAGACAGCAAAGGAGGGAGGCAGGGGCAGCGUCACGUCACAGCUCUGAUGGAUGGAUGGAUGGAUGGAUGGUCUCUCUGCCCGUCCCGUCUGCAUGUGUGUGUUUGUGUGCUGUGUGUGUGUUUGUUUGGUCGUUCCUUCAGGGAGUAUGGUUGGUGCUUGAUGCAGGAGGGCCCUUUGCGCAUCACACGGCUCGACACAUGGUGGGUACCCAUACACACAUCACAUCAAGAAACACACACACACACACACACACACAUACACAUACACACGUGUUCUUUCCCUGCGCUGCAUGUGCCUCUGUGAUGUGUCAGUUUCGUGUUGGCGGUGACGGCGCCCCCCCGGGCCACACUGCGUUCGGGGCCGAUCCACUGCAGGUCGGCCAGCGGUGAGGCGCAGAUAGUGUUCAAGACGGGCGAGAGGUACGACGCCUGGAGCAAGAGCAACCACCUGUUCAUCCAAAACACCACCGCCGACGACUCAAAGGUAGGUCCCAUACACUCUCUCUGCCUCCGUGGACGGCUGUGUGUGUAUGUGUGUAUGUGUGUGUAUGUGUGUGUAUGUGUGUUCAUUCAGUGGAACCGUGAGCUGUAUUCGCUGCGGGUGCACGACGUGGAGCACCACGAGUAUUUCACCAAGGUGGUGCAGGAGAUCAUCGACGACGUGCACACCCUGGUGCCGCCCACCCUCGUGCCCCUGCCGCCCCUCGAGCUGCCCCUGCCGCCCCCACUCCCCGGACGACGGCCCGUCGCAUCAUACAGCUGCGUGGGAGCCAUCGGCAACACAUACUCGUGAGCGACCAUGGGAGGGAGGGAGGGAGGGAGGGAGGAUGCCAUCAAUAAUGGCAUCUGUGUCGUGUGUUUGGGUGUCUGUGCAGGGAGGGGAUUGACACGUGAGCGGAGUGGCUGGUAUUGCGGGGGGUUGGGGGAAGAGGGUGCUGUGUGUUGAUUGGUUGAUUGGGUGGUCGGGCUGUGGCGUGCGUGGCGUAGUGAGCUGUGGAGGAGACAGACAUGGAUGCGUCCAUGGAGGAGUGGGUGUGUGCUUG